GACGGGCACUCGCUUUCCAAAAUGGCGGCGGCGAUGGAUGUGGAUACCCCCAGUGGCACCAACAGCGGCGCCGGCAAGAAGCGCUUUGAAGUGAAAAAGUGGAAUGCCGUGGCCCUUUGGGCCUGGGAUAUUGUGGUUGACAACUGUGCCAUCUGCAGGAACCACAUUAUGGACCUUUGUAUAGAAUGUCAAGCCAACCAGGCCUCGGCCACCUCUGAAGAAUGUACUGUCGCCUGGGGAGUCUGCAAUCACGCCUUCCACUUCCACUGCAUCUCUCGCUGGCUCAAAACCCGGCAGGUGUGCCCACUGGACAACAGAGAGUGGGAGUUUCAAAAGUACGGGCAUUAGAAAAAGCCCCUUCCUCCGAAUCUCCACUUUGGUUCCCUCCUCCAUGGCUUGCUGUCUGGUUGCCUCGUUUCCCAUGAGUUGCCGUCCCGUCGUUGCUUCAUUUUCCAUGAGUUCAUGGCAGUCCUCAGUCUCGGCUGUAGCUUCUUUUGAAUUUGGUCUUAAUGCCGCCGGAGUGUAUUCUGUGUGAAAUAAAGCCUUGUUGGAUCCUA